ACUUAGUCCGAGCUCGACGCCGCCGCCGCCACCAGUCUCGAUCGUAGUCGGCGGCGAACGAGUCGUGUGUUGAGAGCGCGCGCGCGAAGUACACGGCAACACACAGGUACAAAGGAUAUCAUCAGCACGACGACGACGACGACAUCGUCGGACGGUGUGACGAAGCAAUCAAGGAAGUUCGCGUAGAAGAGAAAAUUUGUGAAAUCGAAGGAGGCGACGACAUCAAAGGGGAGGAAAUCUAGUGCACAGGAGUCACGACUUUGGAACUCUGGGAGGGGGAGAACAUCCGAUGUUUGAAACGGGUUCUACCAAAUGAAAAUGAGCAAUUUAUACCAUAUUUUAAGCUUUUUUGUGUUAGUUGGACUGUCCCGCGGAAAUCGGGAGCACAAGGUCCACAACAUCGUCCUGUACCCGGACAAGCACUCGUGGUGCUCGAUGCAGAACAUCAGCCAGGUCAUCAGCAACCCGGGCUGCAAGCAGGUCACGAUUGAGAAUAACGUGUGCGUCGGGGCGUGCUUCAGCUACUCGAUUCCGCACACUGAACCGUCGGAUCCGGGCGAGGUGAUCGGGCCGUACUGCGACAGCUGCCAGCCGUCGGAGACGUCGUGGCAUCAUGUCACGCUGGACUGUUCGGAGGGCGCGAGUGCCAACGGAGGCAGCGACGACGAGAGCAAACCGACGAUCCUGGUGAAGCGCGUCCAGAUCAUCAAGAACUGCUCGUGCACGGCUUGCGAGAAGCAAACGCACAAAAAGCAUCACCAUCAGCACCAGGAUCACCAGCAGCAGCAGCACUUCCAGGUGACGCAGGUUCCGUCCACGACGGCCUCACUCAUCCAGAACGACAUCCCGGAGAUGCUGGAGGUUGUGCCGUACAGUGAGAACGAUACCGAGACGGUGCAGCAUUCGCCGGUUCACGCCCACCAGAGUGGAGGUCACGGGACGACCUACCUUCAGCAGCACCAGCUGAACCAUUACGAGCACAACAGUCGGACGGAUAACGUGAAGAAGUUGCUACACCAGAAGAUCACCACGCUGUUGAAGAGCAUCGAGGAGACGAACUCCAAGCACGAUCGCGAACAGCUGAUCGAGAUGAUCAAGCUGAUCAAGGGUUCGAGCGAUCGCAACUGGGACGAUUUGAUGGAGUCGCUGCAGUCGGAGAACUCCAUCCUGGACUUUGAGAAGCUCCGCGCCGAGCUGGAGGUCGAGGAAGACCCGGAGUUCCACCCGAAGCCGAUGACCCCGGAACAGCGCGACCACGAACGCCUUCUAAAGCACCAGUUUGACAUCCUCAAUCACCACCCGCAGUCGCAAGAAUCGCUUGAAUCCCAAGAACACCCGAAGCACCACCACCACGUGGCCGGCGAGCGGAUGCUGGACGACCACCACCACCUGGAGCGUGGUCCGCACGGUGCGCUGAUCAUCGCGCCGGACGAGGCGGACGACGAAGUGUCGCGCAACUACGGUCACGAGAUCAAGCAGAAGAUCAACAUCCACCCGCACGAGCUUAAGCCGAACCACGCCGGGGCGAUCCUCACGUACGACAACCAUCACAGCGAGCAGAAGGGUGGGCAUGCCGGCGCGGGCCACGCCGCGGCCGGUCAUCACCACGGUCACCAUCGCCACCGGGACGAACCGUCCGGCGGUGAGCAGAAUUAAGGAUGUUCGCGUUUUAACCCCUUUUGUUUUCUUGCUUAAGUUUCUAGUCGUUAGUGAUUUCCCCCCCACAAAAAUUCCCCCUCUUUCGAGCUAAUCCGAUUUGGAUUUAUUCCGGGUGGUGGCGUCAUCGUCGACGCCCCACGUGGUCCAAUUUUUAUUUCAUAACAGAAUAUUUAACCAAUUCUCGUCCUUUCCCACCACCUCAACCUCCACCAACCAACCACCACCACCAUCUAUGAGAUGAUAUUUGUGCGUAAGUUAUAAUAUUUAUUAUUUUAUUUUCUGUUUGAAAGCUGGUCUACACAGAGAAGCGAGAAGGGACGCGCUCGGGGCAAAAAAAAAAACAAAGUAUAUAAUGAAGGAGAUGCUCUGGGCGGUGUUGAGAGAGGUGUGAUUUGGAACAAAAAAAAACACGUUAUUUGGUAACCAUUGAAACCGCGAGGGUAGAAAUUUAACAGAAUUAUGCAAUAGAGAUGUUUAGCAGAGAAUAAUA